AUGGCGUGGCAACCGCAACAAGAGCCGUUAGGUCAAUUAUCAGGAUGUCUGAAGGAUUCUCUGAGCGGGCACAACAAGACAGCUCAAAAGCAAGCUGAGAUUAUGCUUGCUCAAGCAAAAUCCUCCCCCGAUAUCAACAACUAUCUCACGUACCUAUUUUCAAGUUCACAAGUCCCCCCUGGACUGAGCUAUACUCCUGAAGAAUACCAUGCAGUCAGGUCGGCAGCAGCUGUAAUGCUGAAAAACAAUAUCAGGACUGGUUAUAAAUCGAUACCACCGGAAUCCCUUGCCCUUGUUCGACAAUCAGUGCCAUUAGCAUUACAGGACAAAAAUCAGUCAAUACGAAGUUAUGCAGGAAAUGUUAUUACGGAAAUUGUCAACCGUGGUGGUAUUCUUGGGUGGCCUGAACUGCUGCCAGAGUUAUUGGCAUUGGUUGGGAAUGAUACUGGAGUAGUCUCUCCCGAAGCACAGGAGGGGGCAAUGUCGGCUUUAGGGAAAGUCUGUGAAGACAACAAGAAGAUGCUAGACAAGGACUAUCAAGGCCAACGACCCCUUGCGUACAUCAUCCCGAAACUUAUAUCCUUCACAGCGAACGAGAAGCCGAGGAUUCGGUCCCUGGCCCUUGCGAGUAUUAAUGUUUUCAUCCCUCAAAAACCCCAAGCUCUUCUCGUUUCACUCGAUGACCUUCUCAACCGGCUCUUCCAGCUUGCCAACGAUACCUCCUCAGAUGUUCGGCGGCAGGUUUGUCGAGCCUUCGUACAAAUCGUGGAGAUUCGGCCAGAUAAGAUUUUACCGCAUAUUUCUGGUCUUGUCGAUUAUAUGAUUACCCAGCAGCGAAAGAUUGAGGAUGAGGAGUUGGCGUGUGAUGCUGCAGAGUUUUGGCUCACCGUAGGAGAACACAGCGAGCUCUGGAAAUCGCUUGGCCCCUACCUCAACAAGAUCAUCCCUGUUCUCCUGGAGAGUAUGGUGUACAGCGAAGAAGACAUCGCCAUGCUGGAAGGUGGUGGAGACGAUGCUGACGAGGAGGAUCGUGCUGAGGACAUCAAACCAAAAUUCGCUAAGAACAAGAGUGCCAGAACUCUCGCGAACGGAGAAGAGGUCGACGAGAAUGGCCAAAAUGGUGGUUCUUACGUCAAACUAAGUGGCAUGGAGGAGGAUGACGAUGAUCUGGACGAAGGUGAAAUUGAGGAAUUCGAUGAUGAUGACGAUGGAAACCCUGAGGACCGAUGGAAUCUUAGAAAAUGCUCCGCUGCCGCCUUGGAUGUGUUUGCAACGGACUUUCGAGGACCAGUUUUCGAGACCAUUCUGCCUUACCUGAUGACCAACCUCAAGCAUCCCGAGUGGCCAUACCGAGAGGCUGCUGUUCUGGCACUCGGGGCGGUGGCAGAGGGCUGCAUAGAUGUUGUAACGCCUCAUCUUCCUGAUUUGGUUCCGUACCUGAUAUCUCUCCUCAACGAUCCCGAACCCCUUGUCAGACAGAUCACCUGUUGGACACUUGGAAGAUACUCAGCGUGGGGUGCCAGUCUGAGUACGCCGGCGUUGCGAGCCCAGUUCUUCGAGCCCAUGAUGGAGGGCAUUCUCACCAAAAUGCUGGAUUCCAACAAAAGAGUGCAGGAAGCGGGGGCUUCAGCGUUUGCACACCUCGAAGAAAAAGCAGGAACGACGAUCACACCGUACUGUGAGCCAAUUAUUCGCCAAUUCGUCCGCUGCUUUGAAAAGUACAAGGACAGGAACAUGUUCAUCCUGUACGACUGCGUCCAAACCCUGGCAGAGAAUGUGGGCCAUGGGCUCGCCCAACCCCAGCUGAUUGAAUUAUUGAUGCCGGCGCUGAUCCAUCGAUGGCAUAAGGUAUCGGACCAGUCACGAGAGCUCUUCCCCCUUCUCGAGUGCCUAUCGUACGUCGCGAACGCUUUGGCCGAAUCUUUCGCACCAUUUGCGCAACCCGUCUUUACCAGAUGCAUAACUAUCAUCCGUCAAAACCUGGAAGAGUAUGUCGCAGCGGUCAAUAACCCAAUUUUAGAUACUCCUGACAAGGACUUUCUCGUAACGAGCUUGGACCUUUUAAGCGCUAUAAUUCAGGCCCUGGAUGGGAAACAGUCCGCAGCCCUCGUAUCCGGCUCACAACCUCGACUUUUUGAACUACUUCAGUUUUGUAUGGAAGACCCUGAAAACGACGUUCGCCAAUCAUCCUACGCGCUGCUGGGGGACUGUGCGAAGUACGUAUUCCCUCAGCUUGCGCCCUUUUUGGCUACCCUGCUGCCGACACUUAUCCAACAACUCGACUUGGAUUCUAUCAUCGACGAACAGAUCGAGACAGGGUUUAGCGUCGUGAACAAUGCCUGCUGGUCCGCCGGCGAGAUCUCAAUUCAGCAUGGCAAGUCUAUGGCACCCUACGUUGAGCAGCUACUCCACCGAUUCCUCGAGAUCCUAGGAAAUCCAGAGGUUCCUAAAUCUGUUCUCGAAAAUGCGGCAAUCGCACUUGGGCGACUUGGCCUGGAGAACUCUGGGAUCAUGGCGCCGCAUUUGGCAUCGUUUUCAGAGCCGUUCCUCAAGUCCAUCAACACUGUCGAAUUCACGUCGGAAAAGGCGACCGCUUUCAAAGGGUUUUGCUUGAUCGUCGUCAGUAAUCCCCAAGCGAUGGAGAAGGAUCUCGGUCGCUUGUGCACGGCGAUUGCUCGAUACAAGAUGGAAGAAGCUUUCAAGACACCGUUAACAGCUGAUCUGCAACAGCUUUUCCAACACACCCUUGAUCUCUACAAAUCCCUCAUUCCCGAGUUCAGCCCCUACAUCGGCUCCCUAAUUUCAGCAGCAGAUCUGAACAAUCUUCGAACCGUCUACAACUUGUAA